AUGGCGACAACAUUGACAGGCGGAAACCCGCAUAUAGUCACACUCCCAAAGACACCUCCUACUUCUACUGCAAGCCCUCAAGCUAUUAUUCAACAAUGGUUUAAUGCCCUACAAACCAAACUGUCGCAACCGGACUCUAUCGAUUUGACAAAUAUCUUCCAUUCUGAAUCAUGGUGGCGCGAUAUGCUUGCCCUAGACUGGGACAUGCGCACUCUUCAUACUGCUUCCGAGAUCCAAGACUUCCUACGCAAGCGCCAGGGCCAGACAAAUCUAUCUAGCUUCAAGCUGCAAGACAAGGGCAAAUGGAUACCGCGUGUGGAGCAAGUUGUUGAUGGCCUCACAUGGCUCUCUAGCAUGUUCUUUUUCGAGACUGCAGCUGGAAAGGGAACAGGCAUGGUCCGUUUGACACAAAGCGGUGAUGGCCAUUGGAAGGCGUAUGCGAUUUACACUUCCCUACAAGAAUUAAAGGGAGCUGAGGAGCCGCUGGGAAAACGAAGAGCGGAGGGAACAACUGAGUCUAUGCCCGGCGGGCUAGCUGGAGGAACUUGGAUUGAGCGAAGAAAGAGACAACAAGAGUUUCUGGAUGCGGAGCCCACAGUUCUGGUCGUUGGAGCUGGUCAAGCGGGUUUAAAUAUGGGUGCUCGUCUUCAAAAUCUUGGCCUCUCGUGUUUGAUCGUGGACAAGCAUGAGCGUGUUGGUGAUAAUUGGCGCAAGAGGUAUCGUACCUUGGUCACCCAUGACCCCGCCGAGUUCACCCACAUGGCGUACCUUCCCUUUCCCCAGAACUGGCCUCAAUUCACACCGAAAGACAAACUUGGAGAUUGGUUUGAGGCAUACGCUAGCAUUAUGGAACUGAACGUAUGGGUCCAGACAUUCGUCGUUUCUGCUGAAUAUGACGACGCCUCAGCUGAAUGGAAUGUCACCCUUUCUCGUGGCGAUGGGUCUCAGCGCACACUGCGCCCACGACACGUCGUUUGGUGCACAGGACACUCAGGAGAGGCGCGUAUCCCCAGCUUCCCAGGACAGGAAUCUUUCCAGGGAAUCUUGUAUCAUGGUAGCCAACACACCGAUGCUUCUGAUUCGGAUGUUCGCGGGAAGAAGGUCGUUGUCGUUGGCACCGGUAACAGUGGGCACGAUAUCGCGCAAAACUAUUAUGAAAAUGGAGCGGAUGUCACUAUGUUGCAACGAAGUGGAACAUAUGUUAUCACUGCUGAUAAAGGUGUUUUCAUGAUGCACGAAGGUUUGCAUGAAGAUGGCGGUCCGCCAACGGAGGAAUGUGAUAUAGUCUCCGAAAGUCUACCAUUUCCCGUACAAUUCGCACUGAGUGUACAUGGUACAAAGCGAUUUGCGGAUGCCGAAAAAGAAAUCUUAGAUGGACUGCGUCGUGCUGGCUUUCAGCUUGACUUCGGCCCAGAUGGUGCCGGUAUCUCGCGUGCAUACAAUACUCGAGGUGGUGGAUAUUACAUCGACGUUGGUUGUAGUCAACUGAUAAUCGAUGGAAAGAUUAAGGUGAAGCAUAGCCCUCGUGGCAUUACAGGUUUUGGACCUCGUGAGUUACGACUUGAGGAUGGCAGUGCCUUAUCAGCCGAUAUCGUCGUUCUGGCUACUGGGUACGACAAUAUGCGCACUACUGUGCGAAAGGUUCUGGGUGAUAAGAUUGCCGAUCGGUGUCAGGAUGUUUGGGACCUGGACAGCGAAGGAGAGCUCCGUGCGAUGUGGCGCCCAAGUGGACAUCCUGGCUUUUGGUACUUUGGAGGAAACCUGGCUCUGUGCCGAAUUUACUCUAAAUUCCUUGCUCUUCAGAUCAAAGCAGUUGAGACUGGACUCUCGACCGGAAAGCGUUAUUAG